ACAUUCUGAAGCACUGCUUAUAUAAGGGUCACCUUGUCUGGUAGAGGAGCACAAGAAACAUUUGUACGGACAAGCGCUGGAUAAGCAAGUACUUAUUUCUAAGAUAUUCACGGGGAAGAAGGGAGAUGAAAAUGGUUCUACGCGGUGAAAAAGGCAACCAUGUGCCUUUAUUCUCUCUCAGACGCUGUGGCCUCACUAUGGUGGUUCUGCUUUUCCUUCUUGUAAUAUUGCUAUGUCCCGACAGUACAAAUGGAAACAAACUUAGGAAGAUGCUGCAGAAGAGAGAAGCUGUGGAGCCAUCUAAACCCAUUGUUUCAGUGAAAGAAAGCAAAGCUAAUGAGUUCUUGAAUUCUCUAAAGAGGCCAAAACGUCAACUUUGGGAUAGGACUCGACCUGAAGUGCAGCAGUGGUACCAACAAUUUCUCUACAUGGGUUUUGAUGAAGCAAAAUAUGAAGAUGAUAUGUCUUACUGGAAGAAUCAGGGACGUGGAGGCAGUGAAUACUAUGGAGGCUUCCACCAGCAUCACUAUGAUGAAGAUGCUGCUAUUGGGCCACGCAACCCAUAUACUUACAGGCAUGGAGCUGGAGUCAACUAUGAUGAUUAUUAGAUCCAGAAUAGACUAUUAUCCCCCCCCCAAAAAAAAUGCUUUGUGACAAAAAAAUAAUUAACAUUGUGCAUUGCAUUAUAAAAUGUCCCAUACUGGCAUCUUACAGUGAUAAUAAAGGAAAAAGACUUUUGAAUAUAUAAAGGAUUGGCAUCUACCAGGGCAAUUGGAAUUACACCCGCUUCACAAUUUCAAAGUUUGUCCUUAUAUGAAAUGGCUAAUAAAAACACAAAUAUACAGUAUAGUAUAUAAAUACACAAGAGCUAAGACUAUCCUUAUAAAAUGUGCUUAGUGAUGUCAUUGUUAUAAUAGGAGCUUAGUGAGGUCAUUUCGGUCACAUGACUAUCUGAAACUUGUGUAUUAUAAUAAAUAAAUUUUCCAUGUUGAAAAAUAGGAGGAUAUUAGAAUUCACCACGGAGUUCCAUGACAUGUAUAAAAGCAUUUGGUCUUUGGCCUUGUGCUUUUAUAUGGUCAUGGAACUCCUCGGUAACUUAUAUUUUACAUGAGGGGGUACUUUAUUCACUAUAUAAUAAAAUCGACAACAGCCAUGAAUAUUCUGUAAAGUAUAUCCUUAUAAUCUGUUCUUAGUGAUGUUAUUCCUGUCACGUGACUCACUUAAACUUGAGUAUUUAAAUAAAUUAAGUACCACCUGCUGAAAAAA